GGAAGGAUAAUGAAGGCAGGUCGGGUAACACGUAAUGGAAUAAAAUGUCUUUAUUAGAUUGUCAAUUGCAACUAAAACUUGAUCAAGAAGCAAGAUUAAAGGGAAACCGAAAUGAAAUAGAAAACGAGAAUGAUUAUAUAUGUUCUGUUUGUCAAUACGGUGGGGAAUUAGUGUUAUGUGACAAUUGUCCAUCUUCAUUUCAUACAUCUUGCAUAGGAUUACAGGAGGUCCCUGAUGGUGAAUGGUUCUGCCCUUCAUGCUGCUGCAGAAUUUGUAAUGAAAACAGAUUCAGUGGGUGUUAUGAGCAAAAUAGUGACAGUAAUAUUUUAAGCUGUAAACAGUGUGAAAAAAGAUACCAUCUUGGGUGCUUAAAAAGAAGAGAAGAUCUUUCAUUGGUGGGGAGUUAUCAUGAAACAACUUGGUUUUGUUGUUUGAAAUGUGAAGAGAUACUAAUGGGUCUGGAGAGGCUUUUGGGAAAGUCAAUUCCUGUUGGGAGGGGUAACUUAACAUGGACCCUAAGGAAAUAUAAGGCAUUUGAAUUUUCUGAUAACGAUGCUUCGGAUAUGGAAGAAUUGAUAGAGAACUAUAGUAAACUGAACGUUGCUAUAAGUGUGAUGCAUGAGUGCUUUGAGCCGGUUAAAGAAGCUCGAACUGGGAGAGAUAUAGUUGAAGAUGUAGUUCUUUGUAGGAGGUCUGAGCUACCUCGCUUGAAUUUUAAUGGGGUUUAUACAGUUCUUUUGGAGAAAGAUGAUGAGCUAAUCUCAACAGCUGUGGUGAGGAUUUAUGGAGAUAAAGUAGCAGAAGUUCCACUUGUUGGAACAAGAGUUCAGUAUCGCAGACGUGGAAUGUGUCGUAUGCUCAUGCACCAGCUUGAAAAGCAACUUACGGAACUAGGAGUGAGAAGACUAGUUUUGCCGGCCGUGUCGAGUGUGUUGCACGCUUGGAUUAGAUCGUUUGGUUUCUCUGUGAUGAGCGAAUCAGAGAAAUUAAAUUUUUUAGGCUACACUUUUCUUGAUUUCCAAGGCACUACAAUGUGCCACAAAUUCUUGGUAACAGGGCUUCCUUUCUCAGUACCGAGCAUAUCCACAGGAAAUAGCCGCAGCAGCAUCAUAAAUUUAGGUAGUACUAGUGAUGUUUUGGAAGAAUCACUAGCAGAAAAAAUCAAUGAGAGUAGGAUGGUUGAACAAACUCCCUCAGAGCACAAAAAGAGCAGCAUUUUACCUCAUGAAAUCUUGAUGAAUCAGCUGACUCGCAUAGAACGUGAAAGUGAAACAAACCUCUUACAGUGCUCUACACAAACAUCUAACCCCAGAGAAACCAAAGACAACGUUGACGCUGGCUUUUUCAAAUGCUACCAACGGAGAAGAUUCAAGCCUGUGAGAGUCGAGGUAUCUUUCCAAAAGUAAUUGUAUUAACAUAUACAGAUAGUUAUCAAAAUGCACGUAAAAAGCUCAUCAUUUGACUUGUUAUCCUUUGUUGUAUUUUUGUUUACAAUUGUUGAUCAAUGAAAAGCAAAGCAUGAAUCAA